AUGACUGGCCUUCUCCAUUCAUUAUGGAUACUAAUAUUUGUUACAACCUGUGCUCUUGCCAUUGAUUGCAACGGAGAUUUCACCAUCACGAAAGAAAGCGACGCCAAGGACUUGCGAGAAAAUUGCAAGAUAAUUGGCGGCAAUUUAAUAUUUGGAGGUAACAUCAGCGAGAAUAUCAAUCUAGAUGGUGUUGAGGAAGUUCAGGGGAGCUGGAGGCACCAUCGUCCCAGCGACUCCAGUGGCAAAGUCGAUAGACUGUUCAAUAUCAGCAGUUCUACUUUGAAGCUCGUUGACGGAGUUUUCGACUUAUGGGGGCCCAUUGGGCUUGAGAGACUAAUUCUGCCGAAUGUUGGAAACAUUUCUGAGUCGGUUUCCUUUGACGACAUGACAAAUCUCACCCAUGUUGACUUCACAAAUCUGAAGUACUUUCGUUCCUUGGAUCUUGAGACCCCAAAGCUACAAGAGUUCAAAAUCGACGAGCUGAAAGGGUUUACCAGAAACUAUACUGGUAGGAUAUUCAUAUCGGACGGGGGCAGUGUUGAAAGUCUUGAUGGUCUUUUCAAGGGUCCUAUCGCACCCGCAAACGAAGAUGCGUUGCCGACCAUCACAAUUCAAAAUAUACCCCACGUUAAACAACUCACCUUGGGCUGGAAGAGCAUUCUCAAGGCAAAAAUCAGUGGACAAUUGUGGUAUCAACAUUGGAGCCCUCCUCCAAACAUCACCCUUAUUCUUGGAGGCCCUGAUUCAGAGACGGUCCAAAUUCACGAGUUGGAAACUAGAGAGGGAAUUAUUGGCAUUGAACGAGGCUCAAAGACAAGCAAUCUCUCUAUUGGAAGCUUCAUGUCGAUGAAUGAUAUGAUCACGGAUCUGCGACUUCCAUUUCAUCAGGUUUCCGAAGUCCGUAUUCGGGGAGAUCGCAUGACCUCCCUGGAACUUCCGAAAGAAGCCGAACAGUGGAACAAUGUAAGCAUCUCAAUCUGGCUGGUGCGUAGCCUCCGCCUUGACUCUUCGGUCAAUGCAGAAGGAAGGCAGACGUGGUACUGGCCCAACCAAACCAUGUCCAGCUUUUACAUCUUGGGGGAUGUGUCAACCAACUUCUUGUAA